UCCGAGCGGCGGCCGGGCGGCGAUGGCAGCGGCCCGGCAGUGGCGCGGCGGCCCGGCGGGCCCCUCCGCCUCCCGGCGCGGCGGCGCGGGCUGAGGGGAGCGGGCCGCCUGCCGCCGCCCUCCCGCUCCCUCCUUCUCCGCCGGAGGAAGUGAAACACACUGUUGAGUUAUACAGAAGGAUGUGCUGAACAACAAAGAGCUGUCACAGGCAUCAAGGAGCGGCACUCUCAGGUGCAGAGCAUGGAGAAUGAUGAACUUCCGCCAGAGGAUGGGCUGGAUCGGUGUGGGGUUGUACUUGUUAGCAAGUGCUGCGGUUUUUUAUUACGUCUUUGAAAUCAAUGAGACUUACAACAAACUCGCACUGGAGCACAUUCAGCAACACCCCAAGGAACCACAGGAAGGAACCACAUGGACGCACUCCUUAAAAGUACGACUGCUAUCCUUGCCUUUUUGGCUGUGGACUAUAAUAUUUUUAAUACCCUAUUUACAGAUGUUCUUGUUCCUCUAUUCCUGCACAAGAGCUGACCCCAAAACUGUUGGGUAUUGCAUCAUUCCUAUCUGCUUGGCUGUUAUUUGCAAUCGUCAUCAAACAUUUGUGAAGGCCUCUAAUCAGAUCAGUAGAUUACAACUGAUUGACACUUAGCUCAAUUUCUAGUUUCCAUGGCUGUUUUGAAGCAAUUGCGUACGCCUGAUUUAAUCACAAGACUGAAGUUCUGAGUGAAGGCUGUGAAGAGCCUUUUCUUUCAAACUGUUAAGCAAUGAAGAGAGUGACUGUUUUCUAUUUAAUAAUUAAAAAAAGCAACUUCAAAGGUUUUUAAAUAUUGCUCUAUCACAAUAGCCGGAGUGGGAGAGCCCUAUGUGACACUUGAUGGAAGUAUUCCUCAUUUUGCCUUAAUGAUGCAAAAUUGCAACAUUGCAUCUGAAAUGUCCUGUGGGGAAAUAAGUUUCUGGUCCAUGACUUUACUCCUCUGUGCAAAAAAGUGAUUUCCCAUGUUUUCUCUUGGAGUAAAAUCAAUGAAAAUAUACUUCUUUUGUGGUAAAGGUGAAAGGAAAAUAAUCAGAACAUGAUUAUAAAAGCUGCACUUAACACAAUUCUUUGCUUUUUCUUUUUUUUUUUUAAGUAAUCCAUAUCUACAUCAGUGCUGGUUUUUAAUGAUUUUUUUUUUUUAGAAAUGAAUUUCAAUAUAAACACAGGAAGCAAAGAAUAAAGUUUGUGCGAAUGCUUACAGAGAAAAAGGCACCUUUAUUUCUAUGGUAGCGUGUUUUUUUGCAGGGAGUAGAACAGUACCACAUUACAGUAGGCAGGCAGUGAGGAGUGGCACAGGCCUGGGGACUGGUGCUUUAAACUCUUUCCUGUGAUGCUGAAAGCAGCCUGUGCUGUCACUGGCCUAUACUCUGCACAAAACUUCAUUUCUGUUUCCUUCUCCUGUCAAUAGAAAUCUCCUCUGAUAAAAUUACAAGUGAUUGGAAUUUACUAUCAGUCUAAUCUCACUCCAGACAUGAUGCAAAGCCAUGUCCUGGGAGCACUGGUGUAUUAUGAAAAACUUUAAAUUUUGGGAAACCUAACUGAUAUGGGUUGGGGAGAUGCUACUAACAGGUUUUAAGACAGAUAACCGUGUUUCUUCCAGAAAUUUGAAGAGGUAAGAUACCUUCUUCGCAUUCUUGCAAUGAGUGCAAAUUUCUUCAGUCAUACUGAAAUUCCACUGAGAUUUCUUACCAUAGUUUCAGCCUCUGUUUUUCAGGGCUAUUUUGGCACAGUGUUUAAUUCGAACUACUGGAUUGUCUAUUUUGAAAUCAAAUCUGUUCUUAUUGUCCCUUUUUGUUCUCAGAACAACUAAUUUUUUGAGCCAGCCACGGUGGAAGUGACCUUCUGAAUGUGAAAACAGUGCAGAAUACACUCUUCAAAAGCAGUAGACCAAAACCAAUUACAAACAAAACUCCUCGAGUAUAAUUUCAGUUGUAUGUGAUUGUCGGUACCUGAUCAUCCCAAAUGCUCAUCCAUUUCUGACUGCGUUAAGGGAAUCCUGGAGAAUAUGAGCUUUCUCUUGCUUUGGAAAGAGAACACUAUUUUCAGUGUCGUUAUGUUUAAGCAUCAUGGUUACACCACUUGAAACUUUAUGUUUGCAUUUGGAGAUAUUUUGAGACACUGGUUUCAAAUGCCAGCAUUGGUGCUAGGACCUGAAAACACAAUGUAGCCUUUACACAAAGGUUGUAAGUUCUAAGUGCAAUAUGAAAAGGAGGAUGCUGCCAUCCUAAUAUGCUGAAGUAAGAAUAAACUCUGACUUGUAGGAUCUUUGGGAGUCAGAGCUUUUAAGUUGUGUUGUUUCCUAACUUUAAAAAUCACCAUCCUAUUUAUCUACAAAAUAAAAACUUUUCAAUGUUUAUAAACAGAA